AUGACGCGCGCUCCAGGCCUCGCGGCGCCCCUGCUGGGCCUGGGCCUGGGCCUGGGCCUGGGCCUGGGGCUGGGGCUGCCCCCGGCCGCGGCUGCAGACUGCGGGUCCUUCGGGCGCGCUGAGCACCUGGCAUUCGCUCCGGUGGCCAGGAGCCGCUGGCUGACCCCUCGCGUCCGCGCGCCAGGGCCCCUGGACCCGCUCUACGGCACCGUGCGCCGCUUCCUCUCCGUGGUGCAGCUCAACCCCUUCCCAUCUGAGCUGGUAAAGACCCUACUGAAUGAACCAUCCUCUGUGAAGAUGGAUGAGGUGGUGCGGUACGAGGCAGGCUACGUGGUGUGUGCUGUGAUCGCAGGCCUCUACCUCCUGGCAGUGCCCAUCACUGGGCUCUGCUUCUGCUGCUGCCGCCGCCGCCGGCGCUGCGGGGGUCGCGUGAAGACGGAGCACAAGGCCCUGGCCUGUGAGCGGGGCACUCUCAUGGCCUUCCUGCUGCUGACCACCCUCGUACUGCUGGUUGGAAUGGUCUGUGCUUUUGUUACCAAUCAGCGCACACAUGAGCACACGGGCCCCAGUGUGGAAGCUGUGCCGGAGACUUUGCUCAGCCUAAGAGGCCUGGUCUCUGAUGUCCCCAAGGAGUUGCAGGCCAUGGCAGAGCAGUUCUCCCUGCCCCAGGAGCGAGUCUUGGAGGAGCUGGAUGGUGUUGGCGAGAGCAUCGGAAACACAAUUCACAGCCAGCUGAAGAGUACAGUGUACCAGGCACUGGCCUCAGUGCACAGUCUGGGCCAGGCCCUGCAGGUCUCUGUGGACCACCUUCGAGUGCUGAAUGCCACCUCGGUAGAGCUGCGGGACGGCCAGCAGCGCCUGGAGCCCGCGCUGCGGGUGCACCGGGAACGCCUGCUCACCCUGCUGCGGGAGAACUGGUGCAGUGGGAACUGCAAGGGGACACUGCGGAGGGCCAGCGCUCUGGAGCUGGGCGCAGACUUCAGCCAGAUACCCUCUGUGGAGAAUGUACUGCAUCAGCUGAAAGGUGUCCCAGAGGCCAACUUCUCCAGCAUGAUCCAGGAGGACAACAGCACCUUCAACAGCCUCCCCUUCCUGGUUACCAUGCAGACGGCCAGUGUGGUCAGAGAUCUGAAGAAGGCAGUGAGCGAGCAGCCUGAAGGUGUGAACAUGCUGGCCAGAGAGUUCCCAGGCUCAGAAGCGGCUUCCCGCUGGAGUCAGGCACUGGAGCACUUGGAAGAGCGUAGUCGCCCCUACCUGCGGGACGUGCAGCAGUAUGAGACCUACAGGUGGAUUGUGGGAUGUGUGCUGUGCUCCAUGGUUUUGCUCGUGGUGGUCUGUAACCUGCUGGGCCUCAGCCUGGGCAUCUGGGGGCUGUCUGACAGAGAGGACCCCAGCCACUCAGAAACCAAGGGCGAAGCUGGAGCCCGCUUCCUCAUGGUAGGUGUGGCCUUCAGCUUUCUCUUCGCUGCCCCUCUCAUCCUCCUGGUCUUUGCCACCUUCCUGGUGGGAGGCAACGUGCAGACGCUGGUGUGCCGGAGCUGGGAGAGUGGAGAGCUGUAUGAGUUUGCUGAUACCCCAGGUAAUCUACCCCCAUCCAUGAACCUGUCCCACCUUCUUGGCCUGAGAAAAAACAUCAGUGUCCUCCUGGCCUAUCAGCAGUGCAAGGAAGGGGCUGCACUCUGGAAUGUCCUCCAGCUCAAUGACUCUUAUGACCUGGAGAAGCACCUGGAUAUCAGCCAGUAUACUCACAAGCUGCAGCAAGAAUUGCAGAAUUUCAAAGUGGACAUGAGGGAUCUGGACCUGCUCAGCCCCGCCGCCCACCGGGACCUCCAGGCGCUGCAGCGCAGCGGGCUGGAAAGCAUCCCUUACCAUGAUUUCCUGGUUCAGAUCCAGAAGCCUGUGGUGAAGACUAACAUGGAGCAGUUUGCCCAGGAGCUGGAAGAACUGGCCCAGGCCCAAGAUUCUUCACUGAGGCAGCAGCUGCAAGAGGAGGCCAGAGGGCUCAGAAGCCUUUACCAGGAGAACGUCAUCCCUCAGCAGAGCUUUGUGGCCAAGCUCAAUCUCAGUGUCAGGGCCCUGGAGUCUUCUGCCCCAGAUCUUCAGAUGGAGACUUCAGACAUUCUAAACAAUGUCACUUAUCUAAAAGAAAUGCUGCCUGCCUGGGCCAACCGUGUCAUGAGGAAUACAAGUGAGUGCUUCCUGACUCGGGAGAUGGGCUACUUCUCCCAGUAUGUUUCCUGGGUGAGAGAGGAGGUAACUCAGCACAUUGCCACCUGCCAGCCCCUCUCUGGAGCCCUGGACAAUAGCCGUGUGGUCCUGUGUGACAUGAUGGCUGACCCUUGGAAUGCCUUCUGGUUCUGCCUGGGGUGGUGUGCCUUCUUCCUCACCCCCAGCAUCAUCUUUGCUGUCAAGACAUCCAAGUACUUCCGGCCCAUCCGGAAACGCCUCAGCUCCACCAGCUCUGAAGAGACCCAGCUCUUCCACAUUCCCAGGGUCACCUCCCUGAAGCUGUAGGACUCUUGAGGCCAGAUGAUCCCUGGGGCUGCCUGUCCUCUCCCUUGACUGCUCCUGGACCAGAGGAUUUCUGUAGCUCCUGUCCUCCCAACUGCAGCUUCCCUGGCUCCAUCUGUCCACCCCUUUUCUGCUCAUGACACCUUUCAUUCAUUAUACUCAACCUUUGCUGAGCCACAGCGCCAACAGGUUCUUCUGGGUGACUGGCCCUUAGCCUCCUUGCUGCAACAUUUCAGCAUCAGGAAGGGCCUGUUCUCAACCUACUAGAACACUUUCUCCAGCCUUUUGGGUGUGACAGAAGUUCCACCCAGCCCAACCCAGCUGUGUCUGCCUUCUCCCUUCUCAGGCCUUCCCUGGUCCUGUCCAUGUCCUUUGUCACCACCUGGCCUCCCCAACUGCUGGCUUCCUGUUCCCUUCCCGAGCCCUUGGCUUCCUCCCUCCACACAAGUUUUAGUCUCCCCUCGGCACCUUACCCCACCUCUGGCCCCCAAGAACCCACCUUCCUAACCAGUUAGGUCCACCCAGCAGCCCUCACGGGGCUGGGCUGGUUUGUGCUCUGCCUCAUGACCUCUGAGCUCUCCACGCCCUCCUGACACACCAGCUUCCAAGAGCAAGACCCAGGCCACACUGGGGCUCCCCCUCAGCUCCUGUGCUGUUAGCAUUCCAUAGGUGACUCUGACACAGAGCAGUUUCCCAGGAGGGACUUGGGGGUCUGCACAGGGUUUUGCACCCCCCUUCCAUCCAAUGCAUGUAACCUGGGGUCCCCCUUUGCCUACUCCUAUGUGGUCGUGGUCCCCGCAUGUUGGAUGCUGGUCCAGAAAGAAUGAAGAGAAAAGAAAAGAAGAGACAGUUUUUUCUUCCACUAAAGUGUCUCACUUCCUUAAGCUUUAGUUUUGUGUCCCUGGGGGCUGGAGCCCUGUAUACAGUUGGCAUUGAAUGUGGAGAGGAGAAAUCCAGUGCCUCUCCUGACUGCAGGUAUUCAGGAAUUGUGCAGUCAUUUGAGGGGGGUGGGCCUGUCUGGGAGCAUGCUGGCAGGAGCCCACGUACCUGGACUCACAGUCCGACUCUGAUGCUGCUAGCUGGGGUACCUCGAACACAGAACGUAGGUCCCCCAAAUCUCAGUGUUUUUUAUAAGGUGGAGAGGCCAGGCAGGUCCUCCUUGUUGAGUUGUGAAGGCUAAAUAUGAUAAUGAGCAGAAAGCCCUUGGCAGGGCACUGAGCAAACACUCAGGAGAUGGGAGCUGCUGUUUGUGCCAUACCUGCUCGGGGCCAUGGCCGAACUUGGGUCUGGACAGGUACAAGAAAAAGAGGAGACAAGUCCCUGCUCCAAGCUCAGAAGCCCUUCACCGUGGUCUACUGACUUUCUGGGCAUGUCUAUAUUGAAUUGCCUCUUACAAACCAGCAGCAAUUUUUCUGCUAGAAAUUGAAAUGGUGUGUACACACUGUGCUACACCCCUGCAGGCAUGUGCUCAGAUAAGCAUCCUGGAAGGUACAGCUGCCUCGCUUGGCUGUUCCUCAGAGGUGGAUUUUUGUUUGAUUUUU